CCGCACGCCCCCCUAUCACCCUUCAGAGACAUUUUUAUGAGGCUAAGGCUGGGAAAGAAGAGCACGGGGUCUCUUCCUGUCCGUCUCAAGAACAUGGUUAUUGAUCAUGGCUAUAACCCCACUUCCUCAGGCAACCAUCCAACUCCUCGGGUCUGCUCAGGCCCUCACUACCCCGACAUCCCUUGUCAAGGAGCUCAUCGAUAAUGCUCUUGAUGCCAAGGCUUCAUAUAUUGAUAUUCUUAUCUCUCCGAACACCAUCGAUCGGAUUGAAGUUCGAGACAAUGGCCAUGGCAUCCAGCAAGAGGAUCUUGACGCGCUCGGAAGACGUGGUCACACCAGCAAGUUGAGGUCAUUUGAUGAACUCAAAUCGAUUGGAGGUGUAUCUCUUGGCUUCAGAGGUGAAGCUUUGGCGAGUGCUGUUCAGUUGGGAGAAGUCACAGUGACAACUCGAACCGAGGGAGAAUCCGUUGCCACAACUGUGAAAUUGAAAGCCCCAGGUGGCAUUGAUAGCCGGAGUCGAACUUCGCAUCCUAUCGGAACCACUAUCACUGUCACCAAAUUCGUGUACAAAUUACCUGUCAGAAAGCAGACAUUUCUGAAGGAGGCAUCCAAGACUUUGGGCAAGAUCAAAGAGCUCUUGCAAGCCUACGUCCUUGCUCGACCGAACAUCAAAUUCAGUUUCAAGGUGCUCAAAGAGAACAAAGCAUUGUGGUCCUAUGCUCCGCAUCUUUGUGGCGGUGUCAAGGAGGCUGUCUCACAGAUUUUCGGCAAAGAAACUGCAAGUCAGUGUAUUUCGAAAUCUACCAGAUUUCUCGAACGAGCUCAUGAUGCCGAUAUUUCAACGGAGCACGAAGAGGAUCUCACCGCCGUCGAAAGGUCUCUUGCCCCGGACAGCAAUGAUUUCAUUGUCGACGUAUUUUUGCCAAAACCCGACGCUGACCCUUCGAAAAUCGGACACGGCCAAUUUAUUUCAGUAGAUUCAAGACCUGUUUCACAUGAGAAGAAUACAACGAGGAGGAUCGUUACGAUAUUCAAGCGCUACAUGAAAGAGUCCCUUUCAAGGUCCCUGGAGAAGGCCAAAAGCCCCUUCCUGCGACUGAACAUUACCUGUCCAGUAGGGAGCUACGACCCCAAUGUGGAGCCGGGAAAGAAUGAUGUGAUAUUUGGAAAUGAAUCGAUUAUCCUCAAAGCUAUUGAGAGUCUGUUCAGAGAAGUCUACGGAGAACCCAAGGUUGUUUCCUCUCUCCCACCGCCUCGAUCGCUGAAAGGCAAACUUGAUAAUUUCGAUCUGCUCUUAGCUCGGAACUCUGCUGCUCCUGCAGCAAAUAACUCAUCGUCCCCAGCUGCAAAAGAUUUAAUACCAGUACAGCCGCAUGGCACUUCGAUCUCGGAGGUUUCUACCGGAUCCUUAGCCAUUAGCCUUGAUGUUACUGAAGGGAGCUCGGCUCUUGACAACGAGAAAAUCGACGAGCCAGUGGAUGGAGAGAAGCGAAAAUGGGCCUUCGACAUGUCCAGAGAUUUCACUGAGGAAAUUGAGGGAUAUGAAAGACCUAGUCGUCGAUUCCAGCAAUCCCAAAGUAUAGAGAUGUCAGCUUCCGACGUCCAACCCGAUCCUAGAAACUCAUUGAAUCCUUGGAUCAUCGCAAAAAUGACUGCUCCGAUUCAGCAAAGAGAUCAGCGGGCAUCUACAACAACCCGUGCCUCUCAUCCAGUUUCCCGGCCUGUGGCAGAUCCUCUUCCAACGCCACAACAUUCAUCUGACCCUGUUGCAUCAGAACUUGACAUCCAUUUUCAAGGUGGACCAAGUGGACCAAGACAGAUUUUCCGAAACGAUGACAUCCGAAGUCUGGAUAUUCCACCAGUUCGGAAUCUACCGUGUCAGCGUCCUGAACCGGGAUCUAUUCAGCGGCAAGGCUUGGGACCAAAUAGGAGAUCAUUGACCGCAGAUGUCGACGACGAAGUCCUUCUUGACGGAGACGACUGUGAAGCAGUAAGACCGAGAAGUGAUUUUGUCAGUGCUCGAAAUGUACCGGAUGCUGCUCUCUUAUCACCACCUGCACGUCUCGGUCCAAAGAGGCCUAGGGGCGUGAACAGACCUUUUGUGCCUCCAAUGAGGAGAAACACAGAGAAUAUCUCAUCAAAUGAGGUUGAUAGCUUGCGGCAAACGAAACUAACCAAUGAAUAUGGAGCAUCUCGAGGCCACAACGGCAUUUCCCAAGAUGUGACAGAGCAACAGCCGAACCCAGAUCUCGAGUGGUCUAUGGAUUUUGAGCACAGGAAAGAGUUGGCCAGUCGACGAAGAGGCGAUGAGCUUCGCGCUGCUGCAUUGGGGGUUGACAGUUCGGACAACCAUGGAGUCGUCCGUACUUCUCCGCACAGGAAUCGAUACAAUGCUGCUAUAGCGGCUUUGGGAGCUAGAAACCCGCCCUUAAGUACCAUCGGGACCCUGAAAGAGCCAUUCGAGACGUCUUUACCAGAUGGCGACCCUCGAGCCUACCUGAUGAGAAGACAGAAAUCCGUCAUGGCACAGAGGGUCAAAUCGGGAGAAGUACCAAAGAUGACACGCGCGAAGUCUAACAGGCUACCAUUGGAGACUGUUGCUGAGAACGACAAGAUGCACAACUUAGUACUGAGGCCGCGUGUUGAUAUGGACAGAUUACAAAGGGUAACGAAAGAGCUGAUGAAGAGUGACAUGUACGUGAAGAAAGGGAAUGCGAUUUGUGGUCUCAGAAUUGAUAGUCUGGAGACAACCGGAGUGGCAAGUCGAGUCCAAGCCAUCGUUUCGAAAUGGAUGGAGAGCCAGGGAAAGGAGAACUGUGAAGUCGAAUACAUGUUUGACAACUUGGUAGCUGUGGAAUAGCUGUGAGUGGCAAUGUCACAGGUAUUGGAGUGCAUGUCUGGCUUUCGUUGCAUCAUUUGGCGUUUUUGACUGCAUUUACAAGAUACCCAUUUGCUUUCCAUGGCUAUACGUGGCUUCUAUCAGUAAACAAUUUAAAGAAUGCAAAC